UAAAUAGUCAUAAAAAAUAUAUUUUUAAUGUGUAUAAAAAUUGUAUAAAACAAAACUUUUUUAAGCUUUGUGAGAAAAGGAAAUUUGUUAUUCUGAUUAAACCUAACCUCUAAACAAAGUGUUAUACAAUGGCGUUAACAAUGUCAAAAACUCUUUUCCAAAAUCGCUCGACAAUAAUCACUCGAGCUUUGAGUUCUUCGAGCUCGUGUUUACAUCUGCAGCGUGACAGUGUUAUGAACGUUUUCGACAGAAAUGCGAAACUUCUGCAACGAGAACGAGCUGCUCGAGCGUCCAAUGUCAAAUUGUAUGAUUACCUUAAAGACGAAGUGGGCUAUCGUUUGGCUGACAGAAUUUUCGAUAUAAAGAGAGAAUUUAAAACUGCUCUUGAUCUUGGCUGUGGUAGAGGUCAUGUUGCAAAAAAUAUUUUGCGUGAAUCUGUAGAAAAAUUAAUUCUUAUUGACAUGUGUUCAAGCUUUGUUGAACAAGCUGAAUCAAUGCCGGAUCUAGUCGUAGAGAGAAAAGUUAUGGACGAAGAAAAUUUUGUGUUCGACGAAAACAGUUUAGAUCUUGUCGUUAGCUGCUUAAGUUUGCAUUGGGUUAACGACCUUCCUGGUUGCUUCAGUAGAAUCAUUCAUAGCUUGAAAAAUGACGGAGUCUUCAUGGCAGCGAUAUUUGGUGGAGACACUUUAUAUGAAUUGAGAAGUUCUCUUCAGUUAGCAGAACUUGAAAGAGAUGGUGGCAUAUCACCUCACAUUUCGCCAUUUACUCAAAUUAGAGAUAUUGGAAGCUUGUUGAACAGAGCAGGAUUCACAAUGUUGACAAUAGAUACGGACGAGCUGGUCAUUGGUUUUCCUUCCAUGUUCGAACUCAUGUGGGAUUUGAAAGGAAUGGGCGAGAGUAAUGCAGCGAGAAAUCGAAAACUGCAUCUAAAACGUGAAACUAUGAUUGCCGCAGCAGCAAUAUAUGAAGAAUUAUAUGGAAAAACCAAAGAUGAUGGGUCGACUUACGUACCGGCAACUUUCCAGAUAAUUUACAUGUUGGGCUGGAAGCCAGACCGUUCUCAACCAAAACCAUUGGAAAGAGGCACCGGCGAAAUAUCGCUCAAAGACUUGUAUAAAUUAGAUCAAAUAAUUCGUGACAAAAAGAAAAUAAAGCUCACUGACGAAGAUAACUAAUUUCAGAAAAGUUCAGUUAAAAAAAUACAAUGUAAACAUCAUUAAGUUUUAUAUAAAUUUAUUCAUCAAAUAA